AUGGAGCUUACAAUGGAAAACAUUGGAAAUCUGCACGGUGUCUCUCACUCCCAUCAAACGAGCGACUUAAUGAACUCCUCACACGCGCGCCAGUCGUCGGCGUCGCAUCGGAACUUGGUGUCGCACGGACGGUCAGCCAUGGUGUCCAGCAUGGCCUCGAUACUGGAGGGAGCGGGGGACUACCGCACAGACCACGCUUUGUCUGGCCCGCUGCAUCCGGCGAUGACCAUGUCGUGCGACUCCGGGAUGAGCCUGAGCAGCACCUACACCACGCUGACGCCGCUGCAGCACCUGCCCCCCAUAUCCACCGUCUCGGAGAAAUUUCACCAUCCACACCCGCAUGCUCACCACCACCCGGCGCACCAGCGGCUGGCAGCUGGGAACGUCAGCGGCAGCUUCACCCUGAUGAGGGACGACCGAAGUCUCGCCUCCAUGAGUAACCUCUAUGGCCACUACCCCAAAGACAUGUCCGGCAUGGGCCAGCCUCUGUCCCCGCUGUCUAACGGCCUCGGGUCUUUGCACAGCUCCCAGCAGACUCUCAGCGCCUACGGUCCUGGAGCCCACCUCUCCAACGACAAGAUGCUCUCCUCGGGGGGCUUCGAGUCCCACGCAGCCAUGCUGUCCCGGGGCGAGGAGCACCUGGCUCGGGGUCUCGGGGGCCAUGGGGCCGGCCUCAUGACAUCCUUGAACGGCAUACACCAUCACAGCCAUCCGCACUCUCAGGCAAACGGGUCCAUGCUGUCAGACCGGGACAGGCAGACGGUGGUGGGAGGCGGGCAGGGAGCUGGGUCGGGGCAGGUGGAGGAGAUAAACACCAAGGAGGUGGCACAGCGAAUAACAGCAGAGCUCAAGCGCUACAGCAUCCCCCAGGCCAUCUUUGCUCAGAGGAUCUUGUGCCGGUCCCAGGGAACACUGUCUGAUCUGCUGCGGAACCCUAAACCGUGGAGUAAACUCAAGUCUGGCCGGGAGACAUUCAGGAGGAUGUGGAAGUGGCUCCAGGAACCCGAAUUCCAGCGAAUGUCAGCGCUCAGGCUUGCAGCCUGCAAGCGCAAAGAGCAGGAGCAACACAAGGACCGCAACACAGCGCCCAAGAAACAGCGUCUGGUCUUCACUGACCUGCAGCGCCGCACACUCAUCGCCAUCUUCAAGGAGAACAAGCGUCCAUCCAAGGAAAUGCAGAUCACCAUCUCCCAGCAGCUCGGCCUGGAGCUCAGCACCGUCAGCAACUUCUUCAUGAAUGCACGCCGCCGCUGUGUGGACCGCUGGCACGAUGACCACGGUAACAGCCCCGGGCAGCCAGGCACAUCCGCCACUACUUUCUCCAAGGCCUGA